AUGACGUCACUCUCCUCUGAGACAAAGCGCGGCGCUCGAAACCAGGAUGUGAACAUGGACGUGAGCCAUUCCAUUCGUGAACGCACCAUCGCCGAGAACAGUCUGGUGAUUCUUCUUCAGGGUCUGCAUGGCCAGGUGACCACCGUUGACCUGCGAGACGAGAGCACGGCGAGGGGACGCAUUAUUAACGUGGACGCUUUCAUGAACAUCCGGCUGGAGAAGGUUCUGUACAGGGACAGACGUGGACGUGUGUCCAGUAUGGACGACUUGUUCAUCACGGGCCGAAACGUGCGUUAUGUCCACAUCCCAGACCACAUGAACAUCAUAGAGACAAUAGAGACCCAGCUCGCCAAAAUACACCGCGUGCGAAACUUUGGAGCAAGCGGUGGACGCAAAGAAUACUCUAAGAAAAAAAUUUUUUUAUGA